AUGUCCAAUUUAAAAAUAUGUCGAAUAUGUCUUUCAACUGAUGUAAAAAUGUAUGAAUACGACCAGUUUGAUCUGAGGACCUACUAUGAACAGAUUAUGGCCACCAAAGUAAAUGAAAAGCAUGGUCUACCUAAGUGUUUCUGCUACCAAUGCGCAGCUGUACUACACAAGUUCCAUAAGUUUAAGGAAAAGUGUUAUUUUGGACAGAAGGCUCUGAGGGAAAUUUUAUGGAAGGGACCUCUAACAAAACAAGCAGUUCGGAACAUAGACAGAGAAAGCAAAAACAUUCUUAUACCACUAAGCAUAAUAACUGUCAACAAAAGAGUUCGGACAUGUGUAGUAAAAAAUUCAAACAAAAUAAAACUACAAGAAACUAAGCCAAUCGAAGUAGAUGUGGCAUCUCUCAGUGACGAUGGAGAUUUUGGUGAGGAUACAUUCGAAGACAACAAAGAACAUCUAAUCGAAAUUGACAUAGAGAAAAUAGACAUAAAAGAAAAGAAAGAAGACUUUAUUGAACUGGAAAAGAUAGAAAAAGAUAAAAUAGAUGAUUUUGAAGAUAUAGAGCCAAUUGAAACUAAAAUACAACCAACAGAAAAUGUGAAUUUUGAAAUCGAAAAGGUCUUCACCGAUGAUGAAAUGCCAAGUGACAAUGAAAAAGUGUUUGUUGAUGACAUAAAAAUAAUAUCAGAAGACGAAGAAGAUUAUGAACCAGAGGUAACAAAAAAGAAAAGAACAAGAAAUACUGGUAACAGUAAAAAGAAAAAAGCUAAAGAAACGAUACCGAAAGAAAAGAAGUUUGCAGUUAAAACUACUAAAAAGGCCGAAAUGGACCCUAAUAACUGGCUGAAAAUAAAUUUGACGGAAGAGGAGGCUGAUGCGGAGUUUAAAGCUAGAGGGCAGCACAAGCGAUAUUUGAACGCUCAGUACAAAUGUACGGAUUGUUUGAAAGGAUUCUCUAAGGAGGAUAUGUUGAAGAGGCAUGCUAAGUUAAGACAUAGUGAAUCAAACGGUCCAAUAGAGUGCCGUUUCUGCCACAUGCGGUUCAAAUGGAAGUGUUUCCUAAACAAACACAUGAGGCAGCAUUAUACUAAGUACAAAUGUCUGCGAUGUGACCUCGUCUGUCCUUUAGAAACUACAGCUCUAUUCCAUGAAGAAUAUCACAAUGGUGUUACAAGGAAAUGCGAUCACUGCGGGGAAGAAUUCAAACAUUUAACAACGUACUACACGCACCUGCGCACGCACCGCAGCGAACACGUGUGUACUCUGUGCGGCGCCUCCUUCGUGAGUGUCACUGGGUUAGGCAUUCAUAAGAAGAUUAAACAUGUUAAUGCUGAGUCUGAACUACCGCAAGGCGAAGAGCAAUACUGUCAGCGUUGUGACGUCAAGUUCGAAACAAGGAAAGCAUAUGAAGAACAUCUCAUACAUUCAGCUAUGCAUGUGGAUGGGAUUGAAGACUUAGAAAUAAAUGCACCUCUCACUUCUAACCCCAGGAAACGGCGGCAGAAUCUCAAGAGGCUGACUCGAAUACCUACUGAUUGUCAUAUUUGCGGCAAACACUUCGCGACGCAGGCGGCGUGUAGGAAGCACCAUCUAGCGGAACAUCCCAGAACUUCAUUCUUCGCGCCCAACGAGAGACAUAUCUGUGAGAUCUGCGGGAUGUCACUAGCGCCGGGCAGUGUUUCAAGCCAUCUAAACACUCACACUCGAGAGAAGCUUUACACCUGCAACACCUGUGGGAGGCAGUUCAGUAGUAAGGGAGGAAUGACUACUCAUCAAUUGACGCAUACGAGCGAGAAGCCGGUAGCUUGCACUCUAUGCGACAAGCGGUUCAAACAAGUUAGCAGUAUGAAGCUUCAUUACAGGACCUUUCAUUUGAAAGAACCGUAUCCGAAGAGGAACAGAAAAAAGAAAACAGAUGAACUGCCAAAGGAUGAUUAUGUGCACGAAGAUUCGGACGACAAUAUGACAUUAGAUAACUUUUACGCGCGCAAGUUUUAG